AUGGAACGUGAUGACAAUUCUCUGGGUGCAACUGCAUCUCGAGGUAUAGCUACCUCACAAGAAUACAUUACACAUGAUCGAGAAUCAUUUACUCUCGAUACCACCCACUCCGAUAUCGACCCCCGACAAAUAGAAUCAAACCACAAACGGGCAUCUGUCCUGAUCGGUUCUGCAAUCUUACAACUACCCAUAUGGGGCUUCGCCAUGAACUACGGAGUCCUCCAAGAAUACUACUCCACAAACUGGACGCUGCGAGGAAACCUCGCCAUAACCGGUAUCAUCGGCACCACCUCCAACGGCGUCAUGUACCUCUCUAUGCCUUUGCUUUUCCUCCUGUUCACCAAGCGCUGGGCCCGCUAUCGACAAACCGCCGCUCUAGCCGGCGCCCUCCUCGCCUGUCUCAGCUUCGUGCUUUCCGCAUGGAGUACACACGUCUGGCAUUUAGUAGUCACCCAAGGCAUCCUCUCUUCAUUCGGCUGCGCUCUAAUCUACAGUCCCACCACCCUAUCCCUCGGAGAAUGGUAUUCUACCCACAAUCGCGCCGUUGCAUAUGGCAUCGUGCUCUCCUGCAAAAACAUCGUCGGUUCCGCAUGUCCAUUCCUCCUGCGCGUAUUACUCGAUACCUAUGGAUUUCGCACUACGCUCCGCAUCUGGGCUGCUCUUCUCAUCGGAACCAGUAUUCCCGCAAUCUAUCUAAUUCCCACCCAUCCCUCCAACCUGUCCUCACCGCAUCAACGAACCCGGAAAAUCCCCUGGGAAUUUCUCCAUCAUCGAACUUUCUGGAUCUACACCAUCGCCAUCAUUCUCCAAAGCAGCGGCUACGGAAUCCCGCAAACAUAUCUGAACACCUACGCUCACGACGUAACACUGCUUUCCCAAACCACCGCAACUCUCCUCCUCACCCUCUUCAACAUCCCCGGUGUGCUAUCCUCCUUUUGCUUCGGAUACCUAAGCGAUAAUAAACGAUUCCCCCUCUCCGCCACAACCGUAACCUCCAUCUCCGCGCUCGCAUCCGCGCUCUCCGCAUUCCUAUUCUGGGGUUUGACGUCCCCAGGAAGCAUGGCGCUACUCGUUCUCUUCUCUCUAACCUUUGGUUUUUUCGCCGGCGGGUACAGCGCGACGUGGGGCGGAAUACUGAAGGAAAUGGAGCGCGAAGCCGCGGAGAGGAAUGAACCGAUUGAUACCGGUGUGCUCUAUGGGCUUUUGAAUGGAGCGAGGGGAAUUGGUUAUGUGAGUGGUGGGUUAGCGGGCGUGCCGUUGUUGAAAGCGGGAAGUGUGGGAGUAGGCUGGGGACAUUUUGGCUAUGGGACGAGUUAUGGGCCGUUGAUUAUUUUCACGGGGUUGUCGUCUGUGUUUGGGGGUUGGGGAUUGGUGUGGAAAUGGAAGAAAUGGUUUCAUUUCUCGUAG